GUUCUCAACCUCCUCCGACCUAAUAGUUCAUGACCAAUAUUGUUCGCUUAAUUCCUUCAUCGCAAAGACUUCGACCUCCCUGUUGUUAUCGUAUACAUGCUCGCCUCUACUCUGAAGCGAAGAAGGUCGAUCACCGUGCGAGCUCGAAACUAUUCCAAGAUGCUGCUCAAGAGGACGCAGCAGAGCAGGAAGCACAAGCUCGGUCUAGUCGACUAACCGCUUUCGAGAACCAGCAUGACAACUGGACUGGUGAAGAAUCGAUGCAGGACGCUGUGUUACGUAUGCUUGUUGACAAGUACAAGCCUCUGAGGACUGGGCCUAUUAGAUCUGCGGACGAGAAGUUGAAACAAGCCCCUCCAAAAGUCGGGUCCACUCCUUCAUUGACCGUGGAUGAUGUUGAAGAAGAGAACUCUAAAUCUAUCCCCUCGAUGAACGAUGCUGAGGGUUCAUCUGAACCUCCGAGAAGAAAUAUGGCUAACGUCCCUCUCCUCCCUGCGAUCGAAGGUCACCAACCUUGGCAUACUACAUUCCAUGUCCCUUCACAUUCCUCCAGUAUCAAGUAUGGAGACAUACCAGCUCCACCUACUAAACGACCUCUUCCUGCAUCUCCUUUAGGCGAACAAGCCAAAAGGAAAGAAAGGGAGAUGAAGAAGCGGGCUGAACAUGGCAUACGAUUGUCAAGGGCGAGAGAGUCAACAUUAGACUAUCGACUAGGCUUGAAGGUAACUGGUGGUCAGCCUAGGAGGCCGAACCCCGUUACCUUGAAGGGUUGGGCUAGUUUAGUGGAAGAACGAAUUGAGCGAGCUCGCCAAGAGGGCCAGUUUCAAACGGUCAAGGGUCGUGGCCAACCUUUGCAGACGUUGACUGACGAGAAGAACCCAUUUAUUGCACGAGAAGAAUUUUUGAUGAAUCGUAUUGUGCAGCGAAACGGUGCGGCUCCUCCAUGGGUUGAGAUACAGGGAGAACUCGAAUCAGCCACCAUGGCGUUUCGAGAUGUCCUGCGACAAUCAUGGACUCGACGGGCCAUUCGAAUGCUUACACUGUCACAACCACCAGCGUUGCUUCCCAAACUCACUCUCGCGGAUGUCACUUCAUUACGUGACACUGAAUGGGAAGCUCGAGAACGAGCUUAUCACGACGCUGCCGUAGAAGAACUAAACGCACUGGUGCGGAAGUACAAUGGUCUCGCACCCUAUGCUGUCCGUCGACCAUACUACAUGCGGAACGCAGAACUCGAGAAGGCUUAUCGGGACAGUGCCGAGGACAUCCUUCGAGGCAUCGCCAAACGGGCCAACACCUUGGCCACGACCCCACGUAAUGGACAGGGCGCCUUUGACGACGAUGAAGGGAAGACGGGUGUCGAGUCAGGAGGUGACCUAGCACCAAUACGUCUGCGCGACAUCUUAAAACAGUGGCUCUCUGGUUUCAUAAGACGGUCUGGGACCUGAAGCUCGAUGGCCUGACAUCAGACCUGUACCCGUCUGAUUCUUUCUAAUGCCUGAUGUACUGAUAUUGUAGCAAUUAGUGGAUCUCCAUGUACCAUAGCCUGUCGUGCAGCUGUCGUGUAACACCAUGAUUAGAUGCGACUGAUCAUGGCCUUUGCCAGCCAUGUCCAACGUUGUCUUCAUACUUCACCUCAUGCUACAUUACUAUGACAGUUGCGAUUGUCAUAAGAUUUUUGGUGUCAUCGAUCCAUCGCAUUC